UUUUGUCUCGUCUGGUGACGGUGCUCUAGGACUCCCGAACCUCAGAGCAAAGCUAAUAAUCCUAGAAAUCAGCGGUGUGUGUGACACACUCAUCCACUCUGCUUCUGCCUCUCUUCGCCAAACACGCCCAGGAGGAUGAACGAACCCGCUAGAGAAGAUGAGAACUGCACUUAAUGUCACUUUUUAAACUCUUUUUUUGUUUUCUGUGGGAUAGUGCUCGGCUAAUGUGAUGGUAACGUGGCUCAUCAACGCCGGGGGAUUUUCAGGAACUUUUUUUCACCUCAGAUGCUCCGGAUCUAAUGCUUUUAGUAUUUAGAGUUGUCUUUAAAUGGCCAAUAUCUGUCUAAAAUAGGUCUUUAAUUUAUGUUAUCGAGUAUAUAUAUAUAUAUAUAUAUAUAAAUUUUUAAAUCGCCAAUAUUUUAAAAACAUUUCAUCUGUUUGUGUCCGACAAGAGACGAGUUAUCCGGUUAAAAUCUCGCAGGUUCAAUCACGGGCGGUUUACUGUGAACUGGCGUGUGUUAAAAAAAGCUACUUAGUUGUGCAGAUGCUCUAAUAUUUAAAACAUCUGAUUUAAUAAUUGUAUUUUGUAUUAAAACACAUCUGUCUGUCGCUGUCGUGCUGGUUGAAGUGAGGUUUAAGCGAGGUUCGCGUGUUUCCACCCACCCUCCGUGAACUUUCAUUUUUGCUAUUUGUGAAGGAUUUUUAUUAGUCAAUACUAGGAAGGAAAGUGUCUUUAUUGUGCUGGGAUGCGGAAGGGAGAGGAGUAGGGCUGACGGUAAACAUGUUAAGGGUUUAAAGUGAAUGGCCCGGUGAUCAUGUCGUCUAUGGAGGGUGUUUUCUCCUGGGUGGGUGACUGGCAGUGGCUCUGCAUGGUCACUCUCUUUCUGGCCUCUGUUGUCACUUUGAUUAUAUACUUGGUGCUGUAUUUUUCCAACGAACCUCCUGUUGGGAAAACACCUCUCAGUCUUGUGCAUUCUGAGGAAGCCGAUGGGAUCUUAUGCUGGGUGCUGUCUCUGAAAAGCUGGAAGAGUCAGUGGAGAAGAGCCUGGUUCAGGAGCCUCAAUGAAGAAGCUUGUAGAUCACAGAGCGGGAUUCAGCUGACAUUUGAAGAAGAUGGUGUUCAAUCAUCAGAACUGGCCGUGGACCAGAUUUCAAGCUUUACGAAAACGCCCGGUCAAAAAAAUGUCCUGUGUCAGGUGGUUGGAAACAAGCUGCAGUUUUCUCUCAGUGCUUUACCAAGCUCGAUGUCUUCAGAAACCCCCCUGAGAUACAGUGUGAAGAUAGCUCCACUUCAUCUGCAGCUGGCCUUACAGAUAAAAGAGGUGAACGAGGAGGUGGAGAUUUCCUGGGGGGUGCUUCACCUGGACUCAGAUUUGCAGCUUACGCCAAGUUUUAUACAGAAUGCCCAUGACACUCUGCGUGUGUUUCAGGGAGAUUGUGACAGUCUAAAUGAAGCCGCUGUGAACAACAGGCUGAGACAGGUCUUGAGUCGAGCUCAAGCAUCUGUAACUCUGAGCAGCCGGCCUGCAGAGUCUGCAGAAGUCAAGGAAGUAAGGAACAAGACCUCGCAGGUGACCUCACCCCCAAAGCCCCCACGAGCUCAUGAGUGGAAACUAUUAGUGAAGAACAUCCGGGUCACAUGCAAACAGGAGGAUGGUGCUGCAGGCGGCAUGAAUCCCCAGUGUAUCCUUCAGUUGGAUGAUCCUCCUCAGAAGGUCACCAGUUCAGUCUUGACUAACACAUCCACCCCAGCCUGGGACCAGCCCUUCAUAUUUGAGCUUAGCGGCCGGUCAAAAGAGCUGAACAUCCAGGUUGUGGAUAACGGCAAACCUCUGGAGAAUGGUUUGUUAGGGCAGGUAUCUGUGCCUUUUGAUCUAGUGAAGAAACACCCCAAAGGUCAACAGACCUUUUCACUCAUGACCAAAGAUCAAGUGACCGGAUCACUAACUACUGAGUUCACCUACCUGGAGCCCAGCGAGGUGCGUAGCUGGCAGAUGCCUACGCCAGCCCCUACUAAAAGAGUGGAGAUGGACCGCACUGUGAUGCCCUGUGGCACCGUUGUUACCACUGUCACUGCUGUGAGGAGCAAGCCAGGACGACCUUUAGCACCUGAAUCCAAAUCGCCUUCUAAAAACAAGCUAGCGGAGAGAAGGGUGUCAGAGCAGACGUCACUACUCGGAGCCAAAGUUAGCAAAGCCCUGUCAUCAUCAGAUACAGAGUUAUUGGUGUUAAAUGGAACCGACCCUGUAGCCGAAGCUGCCAUCAGACAGCUCCACGAGUCGGCAAAACAAAAGCUCAAAUCACCUGUCAAAAAGAGCACCAUCAUCAUCUCAGGAGUGACCAAGGCACCUCUGACACAGGAUGAGGAGAUGGCUCUGAUGGCAGGAUACGCAGCUGCGAUGGACGCUUCAAUGUCCGAAGCUUCUGAGGGCACCAGCAGCGAAGCGUUACCCUCAGAAACAGUGGAAGAACCCAGCGUUCUGGAACCCACAGAGUCUCUGGUGGGUGCGAAUGGCACAGACCACGUGGAGGACUGGGAGAGCCAGGCUGGAGAGGACCCAGAUGCGGAUAAAACAUCUCUGUGUAUCUCUGAAACAGGUUCCAAAAAAGGAAAAGGCAGCUUCCUGCACAAGAGUGCCAAGCUAUUCUUCAGACGGCGACAUCAGCGAAAGGAGCCGGGGAUGAGCCAGUCCCACAACGACCUGCAGUACUUGGAGCAUCCCGAGGCGGCCAUGAUGGGCGACAGGGAAAAGAGGACGGCCACCUUCAGGCGUAUCAUCAACCGCAAGCUUCUGCCCAGGAGCAAAAGCAAAACCAACGGCACAGUGAGAGAACCUCCCACAUGAGCUGCCCACUCCGUCGCCUUCAUCAAAACUAAUAGCUUUUGCACCUCUUCAUCUUCCUAACAUCUUCCUUUUCACAUUCAUUCUCAUAACUUUUAUGCAAGUCGUUGCUUGUUUCUGGACCAUAUUUGCCAAAACCUCUGCGUAGCAACAAUCACUCUCAUCAACUCCGACCUCUCAGCUUGGUUCUGCUCCAUGAAGACUUUCCCCAUGGCACUUUCCCUACUUGACCGCUCCUUCGACACCAUUCUCCUUCAUCUUUGAACUUUGUGUGCGUGUUUAUGCAAGAAAGUUUACAAAACAGCAUUCAAAUGAGCACUCGCUCUCUUCGUCGCUCCAAAUGACUCUUGUGUCAUUUAACCUUAUGCAAAUAUUGAUCGUCAUGCAAAAGAUAUUCUGCGAUUGUGGCCUUCUAACCAAAGCGGGAUUUGAGGACAACUCUUUCUUGCCAUCUACCUGAGCUUUAACCUUCUGGAAACCCUCUGGCGACCUGAUGGAUCCUGGAAUAUCAGACAAGGGAAUACCAUCGAUUUUAUUUGCACUUGUUUAUAUGCUCAGAACUCAUUCCAUAUGCAGGGACGUGCAGUGAAUUCUGUGAGGUUUGGUGGUGAAGAUGCUCUGAAUUAGUUUAUUGAAAGUUAUGUGAAAGACCUCUGUCUUGAUGUGAAUUGAAUGGGAGUUUUCAUUUUGUUAGGGAGAAAAAUCAGCAGUUUCACCAAAUUUGAUUCUGGGAAUAGUGAGUUUUAUUGUUCAGCGAAAUAUUUUCAAACAUUUAAAAUGUUCUGGUUUGGCACUGAUAUGUUCGUUUUUUUAAUUUCUUAAUAUUCAAACAGAGAUGGGAAAAUAUCAAUAAAAGGUUAUUUUAUUUUAAAUAUUAUCCUUUUAAGUACACAUUAUUCAGUGUAAUGUGUAAUUGUGUGUAUGCAUGUUUGAUUUUUCACUCUUUUUUUCCCCACAGACAUUCCAUCGUCUCACAUUUAAAAAAAAAAAAAAAAAAUGUAUUUGAAUUGUACCAAAGGUUUUUAACACUAAGCAAGGGCAUUUUCCCAUAGAGAAAGACCAGAGUGCAUGAGAAUUUAGCUAAUCGAUAAGUUCAUGAUUUAUGAGAUUUUCCCAAGUGUGCAGUCGUCUUUUACCUGUACUCUUAAGCCGGCUGAAAUGGCUGUGAAUGAGAACAAGUUUGUAUUUGGGACCUCAUUUGUUGAGCCUGUGUGGAGAACUGCAGUGGAUUUGUGUUAUGGUCGAUUCAAUAACCGGCUCCACUUGACAUUUACUUGACCUCAAACUGCAUAUGUAGAAGAAACCUGAAUGCCUGUCCAUACUGAAUGUUGCCAGAAAGAAACCUCAGCAGUCUGGAUGAUAAAUAUGUAUUUUGGUAGGACUACUGUUCUGUGUUUUUGUGUUUUGUCUAUGUUGUGUGUUGCCAUGUGUAUCCUGGCUGUCACAAAAUGAAAGGGGUAUUUUCCAGUGAAAUGGAAGGAGGCACAUGAAGAUUUUAUUUUUGUCAUGCUUGAUUGGCCGGCCAGAGGUGAUCCAGUCAUUAAAUGAAAUCUAACACAUCAGUCCUCUGUAUAUGCAUAUCAUCAUAAUAUAUCCAUGUGCAUUAAAGAACUCCUCUCAUUAACUUAACUCCUCUGUGCUUUCUCUCUUGUUGUUGGCCUUGUGAAUGAUAUUUGUAUGCUCACCAAAACACAUUUACCUGCAAUAUUAAAAUCACUUAUAUAUGUAUGGCCUGUGAAGAACGAACUAUUCAG